GUUUACUGAUAAUAACUGAGGCGGUAAGAUAAAACCGAAAGAGGAAGGUGUGGAAACUGUAAGGAGUUUUUAAUGAAAGAUGGCAGCAUUACUGGGACGUACUGAAGUUGGUGUGAAGGAAUUUGGGAGGACGGUGACGAUCCCCGAUGACCCUAAAGCGAGCCUCAUGUACUAUCUUGACUGUAUCUGUGUCAUUCUCGACAUGAGCGCUACAGCAAACCUAACCAAGCUAAGGAACUAUAAACGAUAUUACAUGUUGACGGAGGCGGAGACGGAUGCCCUCGUGUCUCUUUGCUUUCUCCUUUCACCCGAUGAGCUCAACGGCAAGGUGAUAAUACAGGACGAUGCCAUGUGUGGGGACAGUUACAACGCAUUUUUCGAGAUCAGUGCGGUCCGCCACGAUCUAUUGGUGACAAACAGUAUCCUUAUAGGUGGACAACAGCGCGCAGUCUCGAAGAUCAUGGCAUACAGGCAUCUAUGGAUUUUAAACUACUGGACCACACCGAUGAAAGCGUUCGCAGGUCGCCUAGCAAGAAUCGCGGCCGGUAGUGCGGCACCUCAGCAAUGGCCAGCCACUACGUACAACCAACCAGCCACUGGACAACAGCGUAGCACAGACACCGGCGACGACUGCUGCUGUACAAUUCUUUAGAUUGGUUUCAUUAGAGCAUAGCUGAUUAAGUUUAACGUUAUUGAAUGUCAGUACACCAGUUACUGUUGAGUGGGCGUCUCCUCAUAUGGUUUUUGUUUGAGAGCAAUAUCCUGUUGGACUACAUGCAUUUCUUCUUUGUUUUCUUUGUACACCUAGAACAACACAGACUUACUGCUUCUGGGCUACUUCCACAUGUACUAUGUAUGACUAUUAUCGAAUAUUUUAUCCCGUUUAUAUGUUACAUACACUAAUUACAUAUUAGUUUAGUUUAAUUUACCAUGUUCAUUCUUUUUCCUAUACUGCACAAUCGAGUUUACUCUUUUAGAAUGUAUCAGAGCUCUACCAUUUAACUUCAAAUAUCAUAAUCCUGUUCACCUAGUCAAUACCAGUAUCCGUUAAAAUGCGUUAUUCUCAUUCACAAAUUAAAAACAAAUCGUUCACCUGUUUGCAUGCCGAGGACUUUCUCAUUAAGAACACAUGACUUAUAUAGAACGUACAAAGGGGAUGAGAUGACAGAUAAGAGAAAACGAAUGUUUGUAUUGUACCUUUAAGGCGCUGAUACUGAUGCUCC